AUGAAGUCCAGAGUAUUGUUGGGCAAGCACAGCGACGAUGAGUUCCAUCUGUCUCGACCUUGCAGAUUUGCAGCCUCACCUGCCCUCACCUGCUUCAACUCCAGUGGAGCCAUGAGCCAGCUUGCUUUCCCCACCAUUUACUAUGCCGCAGUGCGUGAUUGCAACGGUACGCUGCAGAUGAGAAUCGGUUCAGCACCUGACAGCCACAUUAGACAUCGGAUUGAUAGCUUUCUGGAAAGGCCUUCAGGUCUUCCGACCUUCUCUUUGAGAAUUGCCACUGAAGAAACAGCUUUGGGCAUGGCCAAGAUUGCCGAGUCUUUGUGGCUGGUGGUGGUCUACUCCUUAGCGGCUUGCAUCAUGAUGCCCAAGGGCUCCCCUCAACUGGAACAUCUCUUUGCGGCAUGUAGUGAAAUGGUGAAGAGAGGAGGCUGUAGAGAUGAAGAUCUCAAGGAGCUGGUGGAGAGGUGCAGCCGUCCCUAUCGCCAUCACACCCCUGCCUGCGAUGAGAAUGGGCUACAGAAGUUCAGAGAGCUUGAAGGACUGGCCAAAACCGAGCUUCAGAUCGUUGCAACUUGUUCGCCCAGUUGAGGGCCAAGCAGAAACGACAGAAGACCCCAAAUUUGAGAUCAAUUCGCAUGGUUUGGACCAGUUGCGCCGCAUCUUCGGCGAGAACAACGUCCAGGUCUCUGCGGUGGGAACAGCCGGCAACAUCCGCGAAGGCAAAAGCUCCUUGAAUAACUGGAUUGCAGAGCAUUUUACCGGACAUGAGGGCCAUGAUGCAGUGCCACUUUUUUCUACGAGUAGCGGUCUACGGUCGCAUACAAGAGGC